AUGAAUCCCACUCAGGCUCCAGUUAUUCCACAGGUUGGACCUGAUCUGCUUUCGCCUCUUCCACAAGAGCUCAUGCAGAAUAUCACCAAGUUCCUCAGCGCGUCUGAUAACUGCAAUCUGCGACUUGUGAGUAAGGCGGUGGAAAAACACACCCAUGUGUAUUUCACCGAGAACUGCUACUACGCCGUGCAUACAGACUUAUCCCUGAAGAGCCUUGAGAGCCUUCUAGAGGUCGCUAAAGUCCAUACAAUUGCGGCUAAUAUGAAACUGCUAGACAUUGAGGCACACUCCCUGUCCUUUGGACAGGGGUUUAACUGGCCACCACGCAGCAGUGGGAUGAUGGCUUUUGGACACCAAGACCAUCCCUGUGUUCCGUUGUUGGAGACUAUCAUAGAGAAGCUAGGUAACUGUCAGUCAUUUAGGGUUAACAACAUAUGCUCCGCCGCAGACCAUUCAAACUGGAUGGUGCCUCGUUCAGCAGACGCGUCUGUUGCCAUUGAAGUGUUGUUUGAUGUCAUAUGCCACCUCAGAAGACCUACGAAGUCUUUGAGCCUAGAAUAUGGUAGGUGCAUGGUAUUCCCUGUUUGCGCCGCCCCUACACUUAACCCAGGCCCAUUUUUUGUGCAUCCAGUUAUCUUCCAACCUUUCCAAGAUGCCUGGCGCACUCUGGAGACUCUCGCUCUGCGAGGAACAAUGAGUUCAAGAACUCUCACGGAAAAUGCUAAUCUAAUUUUCGAGGCGACCAACCUGCGGGAAUUAGUACUAGAUUUCAGAUGUAGUGCCGGCACACCGGAUGCAGCUACAGCCAUGAUGAACAGGAUGCGCCAGUUGCCCCUCGCGGGCCGCAUGCCACCUAUCCUAAAAUUGGACAUCCUCGGUGGUGAGACGACCGAUUCGGACUUUUUACACUUCCUCUCGCUAUUUGGAACUAGUCUGCGAUCACUGCGCCUAGUAGACUGUGUUAGUAUUCUGGGGACUGCCUCGAAUUGGUGGGAUGUUUUUGAUAACAUGGCAACACACUUGCCGCUUCUGGAAACCAUUUCAAUAGACCACUUGACUAUACCUCGUGCCCCUGGUUAUAUCAGGGUGUUUGAAUACCCAGGUCUCUACGAGGAGCCUGUGAUUCCCGGUACAAAUGGCGAUAGGUGUGAAAUAUACGAACCCUCCCCUGGAUACUACCCAGAUGAAAGUCGCGUAUCGUACACUGGCCCAAACAUGGGUAAGUUUUUGCAGGCACUGUCGAACGGCGCUAUCGUAAGUCUGGUAUUUAAUCACUGA